AUGGAUGAUCAAGAGUACUACUUGGACGAGGAGGAGGAGGCCAUCACGCAGGAGGACUGCUGGGCUGUGAUCUCAUCCUUCUUCGAGGACAAGGGUCUGGUCCGACAGCAACUCGACUCCUUUGACGAGUUCAUCCAGAAUACAAUGCAGGAACUAGUUGAUGAAAAUUCGUCUCUUAUUCUUCAGACAUCUAGUCAGCAUUCUGGUGCCGAAGGCGAUGUUACUAAACGCUACGAGAUCAAUUUUGGACAGAUCUACUUGUCCCGUCCGAGUAUGACCGAGUCCGAUGGUUCGACGCAGCCCAUGUACCCUCAUGAAGCUCGUUUACGUAGUUUGACGUAUGCCGCACCGUUGUAUGUGGACAUGAAGAAAACGGUCAAGGUAGCAAACCCUCACCACGAAAAGAACAAGGACAAGACCAACCCUCACGACAUGUUCAUGGAGGAAGAGGAUGGCGAUGGUGGCGAUAUGAACAAGAUCUUUAUCGGAAUGGUGCCCAUCAUGCUCAAGUCGACCUACUGCAUGCUCACUGGUCUGGAUGAUAGCGAACUCCAAAAGAUGAACGAGUGUCAAUACGAUCAGGGAGGAUACUUUGUCAUCAACGGAUCGGAAAAGGUCUUGAUUGCUCAGGAGCGCAUGGCGACCAACACGGUUUACGUCUUCAGCAAACCUCUCGGAAACAAGUACUCUUACACUGCUGAAAUCAGGAGCUCAGUUGAACGUGGGUCCAAGAACGCAUCGCCAUGCUGGGUCAAAUUGCUUGCUCGAUCGGCUGAGCGUGCUGGAACUGGUCAGACAAUCGAGGCGACCCUUCCCUAUAUUCGUGACGGUGUUCCCGUCGUAGUGGUCUUCCGCGCAUUGGGUCUUGUUGCCGAUCGUGAUGUUCUGGAGCACAUUUGUUACGACCGGAACGAUUAUCAAAUGCUGGAGAUGUUGAAGCCCUGUAUUGAGCAGGCUUUCGUCAUUCAGGAUAAAGAGGUCGCGCUGGAUUAUAUUGGCAAGCGUGGAACGACUGUGGGUGCAACGAAGGAGAAGCGUACAAAGUAUGCGACCGAGAUUCUACAGAAAGAGUUCUUACCACACGUCGGAACACAAUCGCACAACCAAACACGAAAGGCAUACUUUUUCGGCUACAUGAUUCAUCGUCUCUUACUGGCUGCGCUCAACCGACGUGACGUUGAUGAUCGUGAUCAUUACGGAAAGAAGCGCAUGGAUCUUGGUGGCCCAUUGUUGGGAGGACUAUUUAAGAUGCUCUUCCUAAAGCUAACCAAAGAUGUCGGCAAGUAUCUCCGCAAGUGCAUUGAUACGAACAAGGAUUUCGUUCUGUCGGUCGCUGUCAAGUCGAACACCAUCACGAACGGGCUCAAGUAUUCGCUCGCGACAGGCAACUGGGGAGAACAGAUGAAGGCCAUGCAGUCUAGAGCCGGUGUCUCCCAGGUGUUGAACAGGUACACAUUCGCCUCGACCCUGUCCCAUUUGCGUCGCUGCAACACCCCCAUCGGACGUGACGGAAAGAUUGCCAAACCCCGUCAGCUUCACAACACUCAUUGGGGUAUGGUCUGUCCAGCAGAAACCCCUGAGGGACAAGCCUGUGGUCUAGUCAAGAACUUGGCACUAAUGACCGCCAUCUCGGUCGGUUCGCCCUCUGCACCCAUUAUUGAGUUCUUGGAGGAGUGGGGUAUGGAGAACUUGGAAGAGUUGACCGCCAACAACAUCCAGGAUGCGACUAAGGUCUUUGUGAACGGAGUGUGGGCUGGUGUUCACCGCGACCCUAGCAGUCUUGUCAAUACAUUGAAGCGUCUGAGGAGAAACCUGGAUAUCAACCCCGAGGUGUCUAUUGUCAAGGACAUCAGAGAAAAGGAGUUGAGAAUGUACACAGAUGCAGGACGCUGCCUGAGACCGCUGUUCGUUGUCGAAGAUCAGAGGUUGCUGCUGAACAAGGACCACGUCGAUGCACUCACUAGACCGCCGUUCAUCAACGAGGAAGGAAAGACAGAGGAACCCUGGACAUGGCACGACUUGCUGAGUCAUGGUAUCGUGGAGUUCGUGGAUGCGGAGGAGGAAGAGACUAUCUUGAUCUGUAUGACGCCAGAGGACUUGGCAGAGUCACGACAGGUGCAUCAUGUCCAGCAGCCUCGGGAUGCUUCCGGAAGACUGAAGGGUGCCUCGUCAUCAUCGUUACAUACCUGGACUCACUGUGAGAUUCAUCCAAGUAUGAUUCUCGGUAUUUGCGCCAGUAUCGUUCCCUUCCCUGAUCACAACCAGUCGCCUCGUAACACAUAUCAGUCCGCUAUGGGUAAACAAGCCAUGGGAAUUUAUGUUACCAACUACCAGGUCCGCAUGGACACACUCGCCAACAUCCUGUACUACCCGCAGAAGCCUCUUGCAACAACGCGCUCGAUGGAAUAUCUCCGCUUCCGUGAGUUGCCAGCCGGUCAAAACGCUAUCGUUGCCAUUCUUUGUUACUCUGGAUACAACCAGGAAGAUUCUGUCAUUAUGAACCAGUCUUCGAUCGAUCGUGGUCUAUUCCGCAGUCUGUACUUCCGCACAUACAUGGACCAGGAGAAAAAGAUUGGUAUGACGACCAUGGAGGAGUUUGAGAAACCUACGCGCGAACAUGUCCUGCGCUUGCGCCAUGGAACAUAUGAGAAGCUGGAUGACGACGGUCUGAUUGCGCCAGGAACGCGUGUCUCGGGAGACGAUAUCAUCAUCGGAAAGACCAAGCCGAUUCCGGAAGAGUCGACUGAGAUGGGUCAGCGCACAGGAACGCAUACGAAGCUGGAUGCUUCGACACCGCUCAAGAGUACGGAGACGGGUAUUGUCGACCAAGUCAUGUUGACGACCAACCACGAGGGUGUUAAGUUCGUGAAGGUCCGAGUUCGAUCCACACGUGUGCCUCAGAUGGGAGACAAGUUUGCAUCGCGUCACGGUCAGAAAGGAACAAUUGGUAUUACAUACAGACAGGAGGACAUGCCAUUCACAUGCGAGGGUAUCACGCCGGACAUUAUCAUCAACCCACACGCUAUUCCGUCUCGUAUGACGAUCGGACAUUUGGUCGAGUGUCUGUUGUCGAAGGUAUCGACGUUGGAGGGCAGUGAGGGAGACGCAACACCGUUCACGGAUGUGACAGUCGAGGCAAUCUCGGAGGCGCUGAAGAAGCACAACUACCAGCAGCGUGGAUUCGAGGUCAUGUAUAACGGACACACGGGUCGCAAGUUAGCCGCACAGGUGUUCUUGGGUCCGACAUACUACCAGCGUCUGAAGCACAUGGUGGACGACAAGAUCCAUUCGCGUGCGCGUGGUCCCGUCCAGAUCUUGACGCGUCAGCCUGUCGAGGGAAGGAGUCGUGACGGAGGAUUGCGUUUCGGAGAGAUGGAGCGCGAUUGUAUGAUUUCUCACGGAGUGGCCCAGUUCUUGAAGGAGCGUCUGUUUGAUGCGUCGGAUGCGUAUCGGGUCCAUGUGUGUGAUUUGUGUGGACUGAUGGCGAUUGCGUCGUUGUCGAAGAACAGCUUUGAGUGCCGGUCGUGUAAGAACACGACACAGAUCUCACAGAUCCAUAUCCCGUACUCGAUGAAGCUGUUGGUCCAGGAACUAAUGGCAAUGUCGAUUGCGCCCAGGUUGUUCACGGUUGACUCUGCAGCGAGGCAGUAG